GAAACGGGCUGGCUUCGGGCUUUGGAGAAUUCGGAGCGGAAGUCCAUUCAGCACAAGGAAGGAUCUCGAAGAGGGGUUUGAAUACGUCGCAGACGCCGACCGGCAUAAACGAGCCCUAACAAUGGUGAAGAUUUUUGUGGGAAACCUGCCCCAGGAUGCAGACCAGGAUGAAAUCAAGGCACUCUUUACAGAGUACGGCACAGUCACAGAAUGUGCCAUCAUCAAGAAUUUCGCUUUUGUCCACAUGGAUGACCGAAAGGCUGCCACAAAAGCCAUAAAGAACCUGCAUCUCUACAAGCUUCACGGCACACCAAUCAACGUGGAGGCCAGCCAUGGGAAGAACCAGGGUUCGGUUAAGCUUCAUGUUGCUAAUGUUGAAAAGGGAUCAGAUGAUGAGCUCAGAGCUCUCUUUGAAGAGUAUGGCACAGUCACUGAGUGUGCUGUUGUCAAGAAUUUUGCUUUUGUACACAUGUCAAACUCUGAUGAGGCCAUGGAUGCCAUCAAGGGACUGGACAAUACUGAAUUUCAAGGAAAACGCAUCCAUGUCCAGAUUUCUAAGAGCCGCCCCAAAUAUGACGAACGGGACGACUAUCCCCCUCCUCCAGAUAGGGGUUAUUGGCCACCUCGCUAUCCUGGAGAGCGACAUGAGCCUCCUCCCCCUCCUGGCUACAUGAGAGGCCGCAUGCCCCCAGGUUACCCUGCUCCUCCUCUGCCACCCCCUCCCCCUAGGCGAGCUGUUUAUCCUGAGCGUCCCUAUGAAGGGGAGAGGGACAGAUACAGCGUGGUAGAUUACUACGAGAAGUACAGAGCCCGCCCGUAUGGCAUACCCCCAUAUGAAGACCAGCGUCCUGGCGUCCCUCCACCUCCCCCGCCACCCUCAGCCGUCGUUCGAGAUCGUCUCAUGACCUCGUCGCUUGACCCGUAUGAGCGUCGGCCCCUCCCUCCUCCUCCGUCCUCGUACUAUGCCCGAGAUCGAAGCCCCCUUAGGAGAGUGCCUAAUGCACCAAUGCCCCCUGCCAGUAAUGGCUACUCCUACGAGCGCUCCCGACUCUCGCCGGUUUCCAGGGUGCCGGGUUAUGGAGUUCCACGUGGUAGGGACCUCUACGCAGAUCGGCUGCCUCCGCCACCGCCAGCACGCUACGCUUAUUAAGCACGGCCCUUACAUGUGAAGGACCGUCGUCCGACUGCGUCGCCGCUCGCCGCCUCCUGAUGCACGUGACAAUAUCCUCUUCCUGUCUGUGGCUGAGCGCGUUUUGUUCCCCUGCGACGCUCAAAGGACGAAGUGAAUUGCCGACGUCCAUGUCUCUUUUUAUUAUUUUGGGACAGUUUUUACAGUCGUAUUUUCCCCUGAUUGUUUUAGUUACUUAUUGUGCUGUAGAAUUUUAAAUGCUUGACGUCUGAAUUAGGCGUUUCCUUUUUUUUAAUUUGUACUUUUAAGUUUGAAUAAGUAGUGUUAUCAUGUUGUGUGUGACCAUAGGAAGCUGAAAUAUUUCAGCACAGCUACUAGGCGAUAUCUGUGACUGUAAAAUUAACUGAAUUUUUUGGUAUGAAAUCUAAUCUGCACGUUGAUUCCAUAAUGUUAAGCCUUGCUAUCGUAAACUUAACCUCCAUGUGGCGCUGCUGUAAAAAUUCAAAAGAAGACAGGGCUUGAUCAAUGCAGAAAGUAGCUUUUACCGUAAAACGUUCACAUGAAUCUGCCCAUUGUCGGAAGUUGUUUUUGAGCAAAAAAAAAUUAUGUGCAGUAAUAAUGUUUGAAGGAAUCAUGCCCUGCGACAAACUUCAGUGCAACCGCUUGAAAUGAUUCGAAACCUUUAAUGUUUCGUAAAUAAAUUUCAUCUCUG